GCGGUUAGCGGAUGCGAUGUAAAUGAAAGAAAAAUGUGGGAAUAAUAAAUUAGCGAUUUUCAAAUGUAACCGGUUACAAUUCACAUGCAAAUGAAAAGUUAAUUGAAUUAAUUCCAAGUGAAACGCGCCAAAAGAAUACAAGAAACUAAUUUGAGUGCUGGGUGGAAGGAAAAUGGCGCAACCGCCGCCGGAUCAAAAUUUUUACCAUCACACUUUGCCGCAUCCGCACCCACACACACACCCACACCCGCACCCUCAUCCACAUCCGCACUCUCACUCACAUUCGCAGCAUCCACAGCUGCAGUUGCCGCCACAGUUUCGCAAUCCAUUCGACUUACUGUUCGAUGAACGCACGGGCGCCAUCAACUACAACUACAUACGUCCCUAUCUGCCAAAUCAAAUGACCAAGCCAGAUGAGUUGUCCGACUCGUUGGUUAUGCGACGACCUCGUCGAACUCGCACUACAUUCACCAGCUCGCAGAUAGCCGAGCUGGAACAACACUUUCUGCAGGGACGCUACCUAACCGCCCCCCGUCUGGCAGAUUUGUCGGCCAAGCUGGCGUUGGGCACAGCCCAAGUGAAAAUUUGGUUCAAGAAUCGCCGACGUCGUCAUAAGAUCCAAUCGGACCAGCACAAGGAUCAGUCCUACGAUGGCAUGCCGCUGUCCCCAUCCAUGCCCAAUGUGCCACAAAAAGGGGUCGAUCCGGAUCCACCUAGUCUGCAGGCAUUAACCCUGAGUGGUGGCGCUGCUACUCCCAAUGCUCUAACGCCGUCGCCCACGCCGUCGACACCUACAGCGCAGCUCGUUGAACAUUACGGCGAGUCCUUUGGCGCCUAUUACAACUACAACCAGCAACAGCAGCAGCGACAUGUGGUGCAGUUGCACGGCGGACAGCAUACCGGCCAGUAUGGAGUCUCUUCAGCGUCAAGUGCAACUGCUCAAUUCUUUCAGCACGGCAAUCUUCAUACACAGCAGCAGCAGCUCCAUCAGCAUCCCCAGCAACUGCACCAUCAUCACGUGAUUGCCCAACAACAGCAACAACAACAUCAGCAGCAACAACAACAGCAACAGCAGCAGCAACAACAGCAGCACCAGCAACAACAAUAUCACCAUUUCGAUUUUCAGCAGAAAUCAGGAAAUGCCUGUCGAGUGCCCUUGAUCAAGUGCGAGGACGAGGAAGAGUACAACUACAAUGGAUCAUAUUAUAUGCGAACGACACAAACGGCGGCGCUGGCUCUGUCCGGCAGUAGCAGCAGCGGCAGCGGCAGCGGUAGUGGUAGCAUGCCGGCCGUCGAGUCGGGCGUGACGUCUGCUAUGUCGCCCGGCUCCGAGGUCUACGAGCCAUUAACACCAAAGAAUGAUGAAAGUCACAGUUUGUGUGGCGUUGGUCCGGCUGGCGGCGGCGUCAGCGUUGGCGGCCCAUCUGCCAUACCUGUCGGCGCCGCCGAUGUCAAUGACGACAUGGACAAUGGACCAAAUAAGAAGACGACGACGCUACAAAAUUUGGAGCCACUCAAGACCACCAGUAAUGUGGUCGCAGACAAAUCCUGUGACAAUGGCAGCGACGUCCUGGCCGCCGGACUACUCACUGUGGCGCGCAACAGUCUGAUCGGGUGUGGCAGCAACGGCAGCAGCGCCUUUGGCAAAUUUGGCAAACUAACUGCUCCACUGGCUACGCAGACGCCGCCGCCUCCGAAUGCUGCAUUGGAGGCCAUGCAUGAGGCAAAUCAAUAUCAAUGCACGAUGGAUACGAUAAUGCAAGCGUAUAAUCCACAUCGUAAUGCUGGAGGCAACACGCAGUUCGCCUACUGCUUCAAUUAGGAGCAAACCCAAUAAUAGCAUCUAGAAUAAUAUAUUAUACAAAUUGUAAAAACACAAAUUUGAAUGUUUGUGGUGUUUCUAUAGCUUUAGAGGAUACACGUUAAUUCCUGAUUGUACAAAGACUUACUGAUUUGUAGAUAAUUGUAGUAUUUUUAAGCUAACUAAUAUUGGUUUAAUUGCAUUUAGCUUAGUUAAGUUAUAGCUGUUAAUGCAUCUUCAAUUUGUCAAUACUUUCUUGGAAGCGUCCUUUGCAAAAUGUUCAUUCAUCUCGUGUUCGUCUGGCAGGGCCUUUCCAAAAGCCCAGCAAUGCCCACCCAGAUCUACUUGAGAUAAUAUGGGCUUAAUUGAAGGUUUUGCAGAUGAAGCUUCCACAAAAAAUUUGCAAGUAGAGUUCGAACUCAUUUUAUAGCUUUGAUCAAGUGGCAUGGCUAACAAAAACUGUACUGAUCUAAAUGAAAAAUGUUUCUCUUGCUGAUAAUCGCAGGGCCGUCUGUAAUAAUUCUUCCUGCUAUUAUCAUCCAAAGAUCGAACGUUUAAACAAUAAUCAUUCAUCAGAAUAUUUUCAAAUCCCACUAUGCCACAGUUUUCAUGUGACAAUCAAACAUUCUACACGUGAGAAUUGUUAAAAAAUUGUU